AUGAUUGAGGUCGGGGGAACGGCUUCACAAGCCAGCGUGGGUUCUGGGAGACCGGGGACGAGACCAGCGCGGAGGACGAAGAAGCGGCGGGACUCGAAGGUGUAUCAAGGCCAUUGUUCAAGAAUUUCCACCUCGACUGAGAUGUCCCCCACUUCUCAGAAAUCCAAUUCCGAAAAUGGAUCGCACAGCUUCAGCAGCCAUCUGUCAAAAAUUGAGGACCAGAUAUGUCCACAAUUCAAUCACCAACAAGCCUUUGACCUGGAUAGUAUGGGGGAGUGCCGAAACAACAGCAAUACCGAUUCGACGAGUUUUUAUCCAGGAAGUAAUAUUGGUCCACCAUGGCAAGCUUCAAUGAUGUCCUAUCCAUAUCAGUCCAACAAUUCUCCUCAGUAUUUGGAAGGCGCCGAAUCCGUUCCAUAUCAGAAUGGAUUUUACGUUCAUGUCGCCAACAACAUAGGAGAACCAUGGACGAAGGUCGUUACGACUGAUGGCCAUAUCAAUGCCGAGAUAAAUGCUAUGGCGGGAAUGGGCCAUACUUUCGGCACUUAUGAGAACUUAGGAAGCUUGUCAGGCUCAACACCUACAAGUCCCGAAUCAGAUGGCUGGAUUCUUUGCCCGCCGGUGGUAUCAUGUAGCUUGGAUUCCAACCCGAUCACGACCACGUUCUGUGAUCCGUUUUUCACCGAUGCAUACACCAUGUUCGGAGCGCCUUACUACACGCCAAUUACAUCUCAACCGGACUCGGGUGCUUUAUAUCACGAUGCUUUCAAUUUUCCUCAUGCAAACGAACCGCCGCUAGAUGUAAGUUAUCCGGAUCACAUUCCUCCAGAAAAUCGAUUUCCAGUAAACGACCCUGGGAGGCAUCUCAAAUAUCAAGCCGAGGUCAACCCUACCCUUGCCAUCGAGUCACUCAAGGCCAUACCGCAGGUAGAUACUUCAUUCGCAAGAGGGUACUCGGAGUCCACUCAACUGAAGACUGAGAUGACACCCGCGACACCGCCAGUAGACAGUGAUAAUGAUAGCUUUAUCCCAUUUGAUCCUAGACUUCACACCCCAUCAAGCGGUUCACCGACCUCAUCUAGGUCAGGAGGGUCUCACAGGCCGUCACCGCGGCAUCUUGAAAAUGAUAAUCAUGCGCACGUUUUCAGUUCAUUCUCGGGGACAACAAGGCCGAAGAUACAAAAAGGUCGGCAAAGAAAUUUGACGCAAGAAGAAAAGAAACAGGCACGAGAUGUAAGGGAAGCAAAAGCUUGCUGGUCAUGUCAUAUUUCCAAGACAAAAUGCUCUCCAUGUUCUCCAGGAAGCCCUUGUGAACAAUGUGCAAGACUUAUCGGCAAGAGAAGAUUCUGUAAAUUCGAAUGUUUCAAUGACCCACUUGAAUCAUUGUAUGUUUUCAUGGUGCCCGACUACCUGUUCGGGCACUAUACUCGACAAAAUGUGGAGGCCUUUAUAACGAGAAAUACGAAGAGUUGGGGGAGAGAAAAAUUUCAGGUGCAAGUAAGAUGGGGUCGUCAACACUAUAUCAAAGCCAACGUCGUCGCCCUAGAACUGCAAAGUGAGAAUUCAGAAAUGGCGUUUCACCACCCAGGCCGAGCAAAUGGUUCGGGAGGUCGGGGCCUAGGCAAGGAACGUAGUAUACCACUUGGAGUGCCAAUCGACGACAUGGACGACAUGGAAGAAGACUACGCCGAUUACGUUCGGGAAAUAGUCCAGACUGGUCUAGGGGACUACCACAUAGCAGCAUACUUCCCGGAGGAUUCUCUGCUAGUGAAAAAACUCUUAAGAAUAGCGAGCUCAUACUACACUUCAGGCCUCGAAUCAGGUUCAGAGUGCGAAGUACUUCGACAAGCACUUGAAAUGCACGUCGCAACAUCAGUCCUGGAGAAGAAUCUGGCACUCGACGAUUUGUCUGUGGAUGAAGUACAGGUCCAUCUUGGCCACGGCUAUCCAGACAGAGCCGUGGCAAGAGGUGUACAGAGACAGAUCAAGCUAGCAUUUUUCCUUAGCCAACAUAAACGCAUAAACAAGAUCCUCAAGGAAUGGGGUCACAUGAUGUGGUCUAUUGGAAACACCGCAGGUAAUGACAGCAAAUGGGCUGUCAGCUUCUGUGUUUUCCUACUCAUGACAAUGGUCAUGGGGAAGGUGAGGGCUAAUGGGCAUUACUUUUGCGAAAACAAAAUCCGUCAUAAGGGUGCUGAUCCGACUGGUGAGAGAGCGAAGCUUUCGGAGCUCUUGAAAUUAAGCGAGGACCAGGUUUUCGACAGGUGCAAGGAGAUAUUCCAUUGGAAGUUCAAGACCAGAAAAGGCGGUAAAGAGGCUUGUAAUCCAAUCCGUGAUGGGCUAGAAGCGUUUCGAGGAAGACCUGUAGAUGACGGUCUAAAAAGUCUGACAUACGGCCUCCAAAGCGUUGUGAGAGAAUUCGGUAAGCGAGAAUCACCACCUCUAUUUCUUCCUUGUGCACACGCUUACAACUUCUAG